AAUUUUGUUAAGACUUUUAAUGUUCCUGUUAAAAGAAGCCAAGAAAUUCAGCCUGCGAGAAUAGAGUUACCGGUGUGUGAAGAAGAACAAGCAAUAAUGGAAACAAUUAAUCAGAAUUUUGUUAAGACUUUUAAUGUUCCUGUUAAAAGAAGCCAAGAAAUUCAGCUUGCGAGAAUGAAAUUACCGGUAUGUGAAGAAGAACAAGCAAUAAUGGAAGCAAUUAAUCAGAAUUCCGUGGUUAUUAUUUGUGGAGAAACGGGAUCUGGAAAAACAACGCAAUUGCCUCAAUUUCUUUAUGAAGCAGGAUUCGGAAAUCCGGAAAGUGGUAAUCCGGGAAUUAUUGGCAUUACACAACCUCGUCGUGUUGCUGCCGUGAGUAUGUCAAAACGCGUAGCGCAAGAGCUAUCACUCGAUGAUCAACAAGUGUCAUACCAGAUUCGUUACGAUGCGACUAUUUCACCAAAAACUGUUAUUAAAUUUAUGACGGACGGUGUUUUACUUCGUGAGCUUUCUGGAGACUUCCUAUUGUCAAAAUAUUCAGCGAUUAUAAUUGACGAAGCACAUGAAAGAAGCUUGAACACAGAUAUCUUGAUUGGUGUUAUUAGUCGCGUUCUUCAAUUGCGCAAAGAAUUGAGUGAGGAUGAUAAAUCGAAAAUUAAACCUUUGAAGGUUAUCAUAAUGUCAGCUACAUUGCGUAUUUCAGAUUUCACAGAGAAUAGGAGGUUGUUUGACAUCCCACCCCCAGUCAUAAAUGUUAAUGCACGACAAUACCCUGUUUCAAUCCAUUUUAAUAAACGAACCCCACGUAUUGAUUAUGUUACAGAGGCAUUUAAGAAGAUUUGCAAGGUUCACACAAGGCUUCCACGUGGAGGAAUUCUUGUAUUCAUGACGGGACAAAAUGAAAUAUCUAUUCUUUGUAAGAAACUUCGUAAUAAGUUUCCAUAUCUAUCGUCCAAUCGAUCCCAUCAUAGUAGUACAAUUGACGAACCUUAUGAACAUAUUCGAGAAGGAUUGUCUGCUAGAAAUGCUGAUCCUGAAAUCGAAGAAUUGGUUAUAGGUGAAAAUGAACAAAGUUGCAUUGAUUACCAUGAUGGCUUUAAUACGGAUUCUGAGGAUUCUGUCACGGAGUCUGAGAAUGAUGAAUUGGACAAUGAAUAUGCUGGGCCUUUAUAUGUUCUUCCACUGUAUUCCUUGCUUUCAACUCGAGCUCAAAUGCGCGUGUUUGAGCCACCACCUGAAGGGGCACGUCUUUGUGUUGUUGCAACUAAUGUAGCCGAAACUUCUUUAACUAUUCCUGGUAUUACGUAUGUUGUAGACUGUGGGAAAGUUAAAGAACGCCGUUAUAAUGCAAAUACUGGUGUUCAAUCAUUUGUAAUCGACUGGAUCUCAAAAGCAUCUGCUGAUCAACGUGCAGGUCGUGCGGGUCGAACCGGCCCUGGUCAUUGUUAUCGGUUGUAUUCCUCUGCUGUAUUCAACGAUCAAUUUCAACAAUUUACAGUUCCUGAAAUUCAUAGAACACCGAUAGAAGGUGUUAUACUGCAGAUGAAAGCGAUGAAUAUUGAUACUGUAUCUAACUUUCCAUUUCCAACACCUCCUGAUCGUGAUCAAUUGAAAAAGGCAGAAAAAUUGCUACAACACAUGGGAGCAUUAGAUGAAAAUAGUCAAAUUACUUCUUUGGGACGCACAAUGGCGACAUUUCCCCUUGCACCCAGAUUCUCCAAAAUGUUAAUAAUUGGACAGCAACAUGAAUGUCUUCCAUACGUCAUUGCCAUCGUAUCAGCCUUAUCAGUUGGUGAUCCUUUUAUAAGGGAAUAUCAUUUAGCUGGUACGGAUUCAGACAGUGAUUGUGACAAAGAUGAAUUUGGAGAUUAUGUUCAAACGAAGGAAUUAAAUGAAAUUCAAAAAGAAAUCAUCUUUAAAAAGGAACGUCGAAAAUUGAUGCGGAAGAGAUUUUAUGACGUCCAAAAAGUACAUGCUGGACUUGAUCCCACAAGUGAUAUAUUAAAGUUCCUAAAUGUUGCUGGUGCUUACGAGUAUUCUGGAGGCAGUGAAAAGUUUUGUGAAGAUAAUUUUGUCCGUGCAAAGGCUAUGCAAGAAAUACAUAAAUUAAGAGGCCAGAUAACGAAUAUUGUUCAAACUAAUUGUCAUGGAGUUGAUGUGUGCGUAGAUCCAAAAAUGAAACCACCUUCUGCUACCCAGCUCGAAGCUCUCCGUCAAAUCAUUACAGCCGGCUUUAUUGAUCAAGUUGCUAUACGCAAGGAUGUGGCGGAUGGGACAAUGAAAACAUAUUCUUCUACUAGAGGUAUUGCAUAUUCUACCAUGUGGGCAGAUGAAGAUGUUUUUGUUCAUCCAUCUUCUGUUUUGUAUCAUGAGAAGCCGCCAGAUUUUGUGGUUUAUCAAGAAUUACAACGUACAAAUAAAGUAUGGAUGAAAGGUAUUGUAUUGAAUAUGAGGAGUUUUGUGGAUGAAUUUUGUGGUUAUGCACCACACUAA